CAAGGCGGGGGCGCUGCGCCCAUGCGAGGAGCAGGGGCUGCACCAUGGCUGAGAAGGCGGGGGCGCAGAUCGAGCGGGAGCCUGGGGGUGGCCUGGAGGCCAUUUCUUGUGACCAGCUUCAGGACUGCCCACCUCCAGUGAAGUUUCUCCACCACCCUGCAGGCCACUCCCACAGACCUGCUCCAGCCCACACCCUGGCAAGCUGCUUUACCACAUACCAGCGUGUGUUCCUGUGGUAGCCACAACCUCUCUACUAAGAUUCUGAGACCAAGAAUAAGAUGAAAGAAUGGAAGUCAAAGAUGGAAAGUUCUGAAGAAAAAGAUUUGGCAAGGGCUGAAUCAGAAAGACUCCAAAGACAGACCUCCCAAGAAUGUGGGUUGGUAGAAACCAGUAACCCUGAAGACAGGUUAGUAAGGCUUUGGGUAAGCCCCUCAGAGGAUGCAAUAAGACAUACCCCUUCCCAAGAGAGAGGUAUCAGUGAAGUGAAUCUCAUCCCCAAGAAAGCCACUGCAGGAGAAAGAGGCCAGGAAUGUAAUGAAGAAGAAAAAAUCCUUUCUUUAGGAGAAAGACUCCACAGAUAUCAAAACUUGGAUCAAAGCUUCAAACGGAAGUCAGGACUAACUGAACAUCAGAAAAUUCAUAAUAUAAAGAAAACCUAUGAGUGUAAUGAAUGUGGAAAAACUUUCAACCAGAGCUCAAACCUGAUUAUACAUCAAAGAAUUCAUACAGGAAAGAAACUAUAUGUAUGUAAUGAAUGUGGGAAAGACUUUAAUCAAAGUUCAAACUUUACUAUACAUCAGAGAAUUCAUACAGGAAAGAAACCUUAUAUGUGUAAUGAAUGUGGAAAGGACUUCAAUCAGAGCUCUAAUUUGAUUAGACAUAAGCGAAUUCAUAGUGGGGAGAAUCCCUAUGAAUGUAAAGAGUGUGGGAAGACCUUCAGGGGGAGCUCAAACUUGGCCCUACACCAGAGAAUUCACAGUGGAGGGAAGCCUUAUGUAUGUAAUGAGUGUGGGAAAGCCUUCAAUCAGAGCUCAGAUCUUACUGUACAUCACAGAAUUCACACUGGAGAGAAACCCUAUGAAUGUUAUGAAUGUGGGCAAACAUUCAGUCAAAGUUCACACCUUGUCACGCAUCAGAGAAUUCACACUGGAGAGAAACCCUUCAAGUGUAAUGAAUGUGAAAAAGCCUUCAGGCAGCGUUCACGCCUCACAGAGCACCAGAGGCUCCAUAGUGGAGAGAAACCCUACGACUGUUAUGAAUGUGGGAAGUCCUUCAGUGGACUCACAGCUUUUCUUAAACAUCAGAGAUUACAUACCGGAAAGAAACAAGAAUGUGAAAAAGCAUAUACUCCUGACUUGGACCUUACUGAACAACAGAGAAUUCAUAGGAAAGAAAAACCUUAUGGGUGUAUGGAGUGUGGAAAAACUUUCCAGGGAAGUUCAGAUCUAAUUCGACAUUGGAUAAUUCAUACUGGAGAGAAACCCUAUGAAUGUAGUGAAUGUGGGAAAACCUUCAGCCAGAGGUCACACCUUGUUACACAUCAAAAAAUUCAUACUGGAGAGAAACCCUAUCAGUGCAAUGAAUGUGGGAAAGCCUUCAGGCAGCGUUCACUCCUUAUUCAGCAUCGGAGAAUCCAUAGUGGUGAGAAACCCUGUGAAUGUAAGGAAUGUGGAAAAACCUUCAUUUGGCGUACAGCUUUUCUUAAGCAUCAGAAACUUCAUGCUGGACAGAAACUUGAAGAAAAUGGGAAAAACUUCCGCAAGGAUGAGUUGCUUAGGGAAGAGCAGAGAAUUCUCAAAGAAGAGAAAGCUUAUCAGUGUAAUCAGUGUGGCAGAACUUUCCAAGGCAGCUCAGACUUCACCAGACAUCAGGUAAUUCAUAUAGGAGAGAAACUAUAUGAAUGUAAAGAAUGUGGGAAAACUUUCAAUCACAACUCUGACCUUAUGAGACAUCACAGAAUUCACAGUGGAGAAAGACUUUAUGUGUGUAACAAAUGUGGGAAAUCUUUUAGGGGUAGCUCAGAUUUCAUUGAACACCAUCGUGUUCAUACUGGGGAGAAACCCUAUGAAUGCCCUGAAUGUGGGAAAGCCUUCAUUCAGAACUCACACCUUAUUAGUCAUCAGAGAAUUCACACUGGAGACAAAUACUUUGAGUGUAGCAACUGUGGGAAGGCCUUCAGUGGGUACACAACUUUUCUUAAACAUCAGAAACUUCAUAUUGGAAAGGAAUUUGGGGAAUGUGAGAGAGUCUUCAAACAGGACUUCCUCUGAUAGGUACUGGAACCUAAUGAAUGUAGGAAAAGCCAGAUGGAGACCACAUCGUAUUGUACUACAGAGGAUUUUAUUGUUGAAAAACCAUUUGAAAGUAGGAAAACAUUAGAGAGGUUUUACUGGAUGGAAAAUAUACAAGUGUAAUCAGGCAGAAAAGCUCUUGGCCAUAACAGCCUUUUCUCUGCCUCAGAGUUGACAGUGGAAUAUGGGCCUAUGGAUAUAAUUGUUUGAGAAUGUCUUAGGGCUUCUGUCAUUAUUAAAAUCACUAGAAAUCACCUUGGCAACAACCCCCAAACUAAAUUAUUCAUGAGCCAUUUCAAUCUUGACUAUCUGGUCCAGUAUGAAUCUGCUUUAAGUACUUUAGGGUGGUUAAAUCUUUCUCUGGGAUAAAUUCUUCCCCUUAGUUAUAUAUUUUAUAAAUAUUUCCCUUUUUCUUCCUUUCAAAAAUAUGUUUUUGUUAACUUAAUAGCUGAAGACCAGGAUACAAGAACCAGAGGAGGUGUUUCCCAAGAAAGAGUAGUGACUACUAGUAGUAUCAGGAAAUGAAAGAGCAAGAGGCAGGAAAGCAAGAGGUUUGGGGAAUAGACUGAGUGCCAGGGCAGGGCACUUAGGUGAGAUGAGUUGGUGGGAGUUAGAAGAAAGCAUCUAAUUUGAAAUGUCAGAGGUGAUUGGAGAAAGAGCAGUUUUGUCUUGAGCAGGAAGUUUUUACCUGAAGGCAGCUUAUUUGAGGAUUGAGAAGUAUAACAGAACUUUGAGAAGAUGCCAAUCAUAAUUUAGUCUGAUAACUGAUAUUGGUAAUUAGGCCCUGCCGAUCUGUGCAAUUAAAUUCAAUUGUCAAAUAUUUCUUAUAUUCUGUACUACUGAUAGAUUGUAUCAUUAUUUAAAUAAGUCAUCAGAUAAGAGUGUUAUGGAAGGAGACGAUGUAAGUCAAGGAGAAUUUCAACCUCAGCUUUCCUUGAUGGGAGUAAUUUGUGAGAUGCCGGAAAGGGGUCAUGCCAGUUACCUUUGGCUCCAUCCUCUCCUCUAGCUCAGUGGUUCUCAGCCAGGGGUAGUUUGGCCCCUCCACCCAAGGACAUUUCACAAUGGAAACAUUUUUGGCUAUCACAGCUUAGUGGAUAGAGGCUAGAGCUGUUGCUAAGUCUCUUACAGUGCACAAAACAGCUCCCUACAAUAAAAAGUUAUCUGGCCCAAAAUGUCACUACUGCCAAGGUUGAGAAACCCUGCCUGUGGACAUUUAGAAUGCCGGUCAACUGGAGACCAUUAAAAGCAGGGAUUUCAGUGUGAUGUGGGCCAUGGUAGUAUCCCAAGGACCUGGUCAAAACUUUUAGUUUGGUGAACUGUUUCAAGCAAGGCAAUGUGGUAUACUGAAGGGAGCACAAGCUUUAGAAGCAGUCACACAUGGGUCUGAAUCCACACUUUGCCAUACAUCUUGGCUUUGUGACCUGGAGCAAAUAUCUUAACCCCAAUCCUAAAAAAUAUGGCCUGGUAAAGUUCAUAGCAUCAGGAGCUAUGGCUUCUCCAGAGGGGCAUCCAGAAGUGGAAUGUCUUGAAGUAGAAAAGUCCAUCCACACUGUCACUGAAAGCUGGCUGCUUACAGAUGAUGUAUAGUGCAGGCAUUCUGGAAGCCUGCCUUCCUCCAUCACCUGCCUCAAAAAUUUUAGCUCUCACAUGAACUAAUAAUCUGUUUACAUGAAAAUAUCUUUAAAUUAUUUGGGAAGCAAAAUGAAUCCAAGUAAAUCAGUGAUAUUCCUGGGUUAAAAAUUAAACAUACUUAAAAUGUUUGAGUUAUCCAAGAUUCUAACUAAUCAAGACCUUUAGCAUUCUGUUAUUAUAAAAGAAAGGAACCGGGAAUUUAUUCCCAAAAGCCUAUUUUACUCCUUUACCUUUCUUUACAGUGCUGUACAGUGAGAGUUGAUGUUUAUAAGGGUAACCGGAUACUGAAAGGGACUAGGAGGUAAUUUAAUGCAGUGGUUUCCAACUUUUUAAACAUCAAGGCUCUCUUUAGUAGUCUCCUCUGCCUUAUGGUUUAAAAGAUUUUGUUUACCAAUCUGCAUUUAUUAAGGAAUUGUUCUCUUAUUUUUUGCCGUUCAAAUGCAUGUGUAACCACCAAUCAUGGUUCUGAUUGGCAUGACAUAAUCAUAUGAAGGUGCUAAAAUUUCAGACCAAAGCAAGCAAUAUUUUCAUUGGUGUUUUUAUCCCUUUUUCGGGCAAAUAUAUGAUUUGCCUUGGGCUUUUUAAAAUUAACUAUUGCUUGAAGACCCCAGAUGGAAAAUUAACCUUUACAUUCCAUCCCCCGUAGAGCUUAAGUUGUAGUGGAUGUUUCAGACUUUUGAAAACCAGGAAAACAAUUAAUUGUUACAGUUUGGAAAUGUUUCAACCAUGAAAUGUUGAAAUAAAAGUUACUCAACAAGUAUUUAUUGAGUCUAAUAUGUGCCAGGGACCAUAAUUAGAUGGGGCUAGAAAAAGACAGUGUUUGUUCUUUGAGGAACUUACAGUCUAGUAGGGGCUGAGGGAGAACAAAAGAUUUAAUCUUUAAUUAAGCAGGUAAUUCAUGGGAAAUGAAGGCCCAUUCAAAGCUUUCUUGGUAGAAGUAAACAUAGCAGUGUCCAAUUUGUAAACCUGAAUUCCACAGACUAAGAUGAACCUGUUAGGGAAAAGCCUUCAUUAGAACUUUGAGAAAAGAGCCUAAAGUGUAAAAGUUUGCCUUCAUGAGGCCUUAAACAGCUAAAGAAGUAAACUCCAGGAGGACUAACGCUGAGAGAAAAUCAGAACCUCUGUGGAACAGGGGUGACUGGGUUAGGAGAAGUUUCUCCAUAUAAAUAUUUCAUAAGAAACAAGACUGUUCCUACCAACCUUGGCAGAGAGAGUGUGUUAGUACAAUUGGGGAGGGUAAUAUUAUUCAAUAAGUUGCCCAUUUAGUCCAGUUUUCUUGAUUUUUGAUUUCCUUAUUUAAAGUGAGGCCACCACCAUCACCUCUUGCUUGUAUUGUUAUCACAGCCUCCUAACCCACCUCUUUUUCAACCCUUUCUCUACUCUGCAACAUGAAUAAUCUUUCUUUAGAACAGAUCUGACAGUCCCAUUCCCUCUCAAAAUUUCUGCAGUGGCUUCCUACUAAUCUCAGCAUGAAGUCCCAAGGCCUUAACACCACAUGCACAGUGAUCUGACUCCAUUCAUCCAGUCAUUCAGUAAAUAUUUAUUGAUAUGUAUCAAGCACUUGGGACUACCAAGAAGGGUGAGCAAAAAUAAACAGUCUCUGCCCUGAUAGAGUUAAGAAUAGUACAGGAGGAAAAAAAAAAGAAUAGAGGAGAGAUUAAUCAGAAUCACACACAAAAAAUGUAAAAUUACAACCAGAUAAGCGUCACAAAAGAGAGGCAUGUGAUACUACAGUGGGGAGUUUGGUCUAGAUGGAGAGGGCAUUCUGAAAAGUGUUUUAUCUUUCCUUCCUUCUAAGUCCAACAUUUAUCCCUGAACUAUCUGAACUAUCCAGUUCCCCAAAAGGCCUGAGCAUCACCUUCUUGCCCUAUGGCCUUUCCACAAGCUGUUCCUCUGCCAAGAAUGCCCCCUUCUUCCUUACCUAGCUCCAUUAUUUUUAGCACUUAGGUGUUGGGUACUAUGAUAAGCACAUGACAUCUAUUUUUUCUUGUGUUCUUUGCCUCAGUCCUAGUUGAUAAGGACUACUGUUAUCCCCAUUGUUAAAUAGGAAACUAAGGUCUAGGAAGGCAAAGUAAUUUGCCCACAGGCUCACAACUAAUAAACUGGAAUUCAAACCCAGGCCUGCCUAACUCCAAAUUCCAUUUUCGUAACUACCGUUAAAAUUGUCUCCCAAUUCCUUCACAUUCAGGCAUCAAUCACUCUGGGGCGGCUUCCCUGAUAAACUAGAUACAGUUAAAUGCUUUCUCUGUGCUCCCACAGGCCGUAAUAAUCAAAGUACAGUAAUUAUUAUUUACUUGUCGCCUUCACUGGACUAUGAG